UCAGCACCCGGAAAGCCUAUUGCCUUUCACGGGAGCGCUCGCUCUGUAAUCCAAGCAAUAGCCACGCAGCCUGCUUUAUUGUUUGUGGAGUCCUGUGGCUCCCGAGCAGUUCACAGACGGGAAGGAGGGCAAGUGGGCGGUUUAUGAUUCUGCGCUGUGCUGGGACAAGUGAGCGAAACUCUUUGAUUUCUCCCAAGUCACCUGUGUGGGUGAACUUUAAACUGAGCGCCUGGGUUGAUGCUGAAUCUCUUUCUCCAGCCUGAGGAGUUCCUUCUGUCUGCAGCAGACGGCUGGCUUUCUGCCCUUGUGGGGAAAGAUGCCUGGGAGAGGAGUAGGAUUACAGUAUGGGAUGCUAGGUACACACCAAAGAUUCGGAGUGCCUUGGUUCUGCUCUUCGCCAAGUCCUGACAAGUGUUUCUGAAAUGAACACUCUGCUUCAUUUUUAAAAUUAUACUUUUAGUUAUUUUUAUUUUUUCAGGGGAGACUCUGGAUAUUUCUGAUCUAGAAACCAAGUACCACAAUGUGGCUAGGGUAAAAAAAAAAAUUUUUUUUUUUUUUUUGGUUUCCUAACCCUUCAUUUUCCUUUUCUUUGUAAUUGGGUGACACAGAGCGAUCUUUCAGCAGGAUGCCCUGCCUGCCUCUCAGUAUUGUCUGAAUAAGUGCGAAAGAGCAGGUUCAUUUAAAGGACCUGGAACAAUUUUUUAAAACGAGCUUUUUGUUUGCUGGGCUGUCCUUUGUCUACAGCCGAUUCUGAUGUGAAAGAAGAUGAAAAAGGAAGGCUCUUCAGGUUCCUUCAGACUCAAGUCAAAUCCAGGUUCCCUCUCCCGUGCUGUGAGUUGGAUAAAUUUCUCCUCCUUGUCCAGGCAGACAAAGAGGCUGUUCCGCAGCGAUGGAGAGCUCUCGGUUUGUGGGCAGCAGGUGGAAGCAGAUGAUGAAAACUGGACAUACAGAACCCAGCCCGGGAAAGCUGUUUCUAACCUAGAUGAGGAGAGUCGAUGGACAGUCCACUACACAGCUCCGUGGCACCAGCAGGAGAAUGUGUUCCUUCCCACCACGAGACCCCCCUGCGUUGAGGACCUGCACCGCCAAGCCAAGCUCAACCUCAAAUCAGUAUUGAGGGAAUGUGAUAAGCUGCGGCGGGAUGGCUGCCGUUGUUCUCAGUACUACUCCCAGGGACCCGCCUUCGCGGCCAGCUCUGGUCCACUCUGCGCUGAGCACCAAGACGAGGAUGAGGAAACAGAUCAAAAGUGUUCUGUCUCUUCGUCGGAAGAGGAAAGACUUGUUUCCACCAGGAGACCUAAAACGCCAACCUCAAGUGACUUCUCUGACCUUAAUACUCAGACCAACUGGACCAAGUCACUUCCCUUGCCAACACCAGAAGAGAAGAUGCGACAGCAGGCCCAAACAGUCCAGGCUGAUGUGGUUCCUAUUAAUAUAACCGGGGAGAAUUUCGAUCGCCAGGCCAGCCUUCGGCGGUCUCUAAUUUACACAGACACUCUGGUAAGACGACCGAAGAAAGUCAAAAGGAGAAAGACUAUUACAGGAGUCCCUGACAGCAUACAGAAGGAGCUAGCUUCUGGGGGCACUGGCCAAGAUGAUGGUGGUCACUCAGUGUUCACCCCAGACCACUACUCUACAGUAGGAAGGCUUGACAGCUGUCGAGCUGCCGGGCAGCGCUCAGAAACCAGGGAUUCCAGCUGUCAGACUGAGGAAGUGAAAGUGGUACCACCUUCAAUGAGGAGAAUCCGAGCACAGAAGGGGCAAGGCAUUGCCGCCCAGAUGAGCCACUUCUCAGGCUCCUCUGGGAACAUGUCUGUGCUGAGCGACUCUGCGGGCAUCGUGUUCCCUUCUCGCCUCAACAGUGACGCUGGUUUCCACAGUCUUCCGCGGUCUGGAGCGAGGGCAAAUGUUCAGUCCCUCGAGCCACGGCUGGGCGACCUGGGCUCUGCAGAAGACGUGGACGGCACUUCCCCCUAUCAGCGGGGUCACCCACAUGUAGAUGAAGACUUAGGGCAUCCAGGAGGUGCCUCAAGGACUGGGACACCUUUGAGACCCAAAUCCCAGGAGCUGAGGCACUUUGAGGCUGAGAACGUGACAAGCCCGGCGUGUGUGGUUUCUCCUCACGCCACCUACUCCACCAGCAUCAUCCCAAAUGCCACACUCUCUUCCUCUUCCGAGGUUAUUGUGAUUCACACUGCUCAGAGUUCAGGGCAGCUGGACGGUCAGAUUACCAGCUCAUCUUCGUACACAAAGAUCAAAUCCAGGGACCAUCCCCUCUCCAGGCACAGAGAUGCUCGUCAUUCUCCCAGUGGUAACUGGACUGAAGGGCACGCCACCAUUUUUUCACAGGCCUCGGAUCCCCAUUCCUCCAGUGCAAGCGCACUGCUGUCCCUCUGUGAUUCCACGGUCUCUCUCAAUGCUGGAAAUCGGGAAAAUGGGUCCCAGGCCAUGGCCUAUAACUGUAGAAACAGCCUGAGCUUCCCCGCCCACCCGCAGGACGUGGAUGGCAGGAGCGAGUCCAGUUACUCAGGCGGCAGGGGGCUCGGCAGCGCGGAGCCCUGGGAGUACCACGCCUCCGGGAAUGGGCGGGCGUCUCCACUGAAGCCACAUGUGGCGACUCCCGGUUACUGCACUCCUGGGAGCAACAUGAGCAGCUGCAGUUUGGACCAGACGUCCAACAGAGAUGACGCCCGGUCUGUGUAUUCCGAGGACCACGAUGGCUACUGCCCGUCUCUGCACACCGGCUCUGGGAACCUGUGCAGUGGCAGCGACGGCCUGGGGAACCCCAGGCACAGCGUGGUUAAUGUUUUCGAUGAAAGAACUCAGAAGAACCCAGGGGACCGGGCAAAUUACCAAGACAAAUCCCUUUCGCGAAGCAUUUCUUUGAAGAAAGCGAAGAAGCCUCCCCUGCCGCCCUCUCGGACCGACUCUCUGCGCAGGAUUCCCAAGAAGAGCGUCCAGUCUCACGGGCAGGUGCUCAACGAGAGCCUGAUCGCCUCGCUCCAGCACUCGCUGCAGCUGAACCUCCCCGACAAGGGCGGCACCUCGCCCUCCCAGAGCCCCUGCAGCGACUUCGAAGAGCCCUGGCUGCCUCGCUCGCGCAGCCAGAGCACAGUGAGCGCGGGCAGCAGCCUGACCUCCGCCACCACCCCCAACAUCUACUCCCUGAGCGGGGUCACGCCGGCACAGAGCGACACGAGCAGCGUCAGGUCCGAGUACACAGACCCGUGGGGUUACUACAUAGACUAUAUGGGCGUGCAGGAAGACCCCGGGAACCCAGGUCGGGGAGGUUCAAACAGCACUGCGGCGCCACCUGGAAACGGGCCUGGACACCAGCUCCCAGAGGGGUCCAGGGCCGCGAUACCCCAAGUGCCCGGUGGCACAGUCAAACCAAAGAUCACAUCGCCGGAGAAGUCGCACAGAGUCACUUCUCCGUCCAGUGGGUAUUCCAGCCAGUCGAACACACCCACCACACUCACCCCUGUGCCUGUGUUUUUAAAAUCAAUGUCACCAGCCAAUGGGAAGGGGAAACCCAAGCCCAAGGUACCAGAAAGGAAGUCUUCUCUGGUAUCUUCAGUAUCCAUCUCCUCCUCCUCCACGUCUCUUUCCUCGAACACUUCUACAGAAGGAAGCGGAACUAUGAAGAAGCUGGAUUCGGUGCUGGUGUCUCCCCUUGCCGCUCCUCCUCUGCCCUCUCUUCCAUCUCCUCGUCCUGCUGACAAGUCUCCUCUCCUCCCUCCUCCUCUUCCUGUGGCAGAUUCCCCUGAGGGCUCCCCUCUGCCUCGCUCCCCCCUCUUUCCCCCUCCACCCCCAGAAGUUCUUACUCCCCUCUGUCCCCAAACCGAUGCCUGCUUUCCUCCGCCCCCCACGGCACUUAGCCCCCUUGUUCUGGAUUCAUCUGCUUCUCUGCCACCUCCACCACCUGCCUUACCCUCCUCAGUGCCUCCACCUGCCCCACCCCUUGACCCCAAAUUGAUGAAAGAUGCCAGGCCUUCUUUCAAAAAGUCUGGCCAGCCAGAGCCCUCCCAGGAGGCUUGCAGGCAGCCUUCCACCAAGGAGGAGGGCAGCAGACCCCCCAUGCCGCUGGUCACCACAGAAGCGCUGCAGAUGGUGCAGUUGAGGCCAGUGAAGAAGAACUCAGGAACUGAAGGAGCACUGUUUCAUGAACACGCAUCUCAGGAAAAACCAACUCCAGUCAUUCCCCAGUAUCAUUUAAAGCCAUCUGCUUUCCUGAAGUCCCGAAAUAGCAUAAAUGAAAUGGAGAGUGAAAGCCAGCCUGCCUCCGCGACAAGCUCCCUCCCGUCUCCUGCCAAGAGCUCUACUCAGGGUCACCAGGACAGUGCGGCUGAGCGCAGCCUCCCAAGCCACGGCCUGAGCCGCGCCGGGAAUGCAGAGGCUGGGCCCGGGCCCACCCCGCCCCAUGAGCCUCUCGGCCCAUCACCCAGCAGGAAGCCGCCCCCCAUUUCCAAGAAGCCCAAACUAUUCCUCUUGGUGCCACCUCCGCAGAGAGAUUUCACGGUGGAGCCCGCAGAAAACGUGAGCGAAGCAUCACCCAGCCCCACGAGAGGAGAGGCACAAGAGAGUUGUGCAGCCGGGGCAGGUUCCGAUGAGUCCGACUCUGGCAGCUCGGUUCUUGCCGGAGGAGCUGUAGGAUCCAAGUCCCUGGGCAGAGUGGAAGCCACUGUCCCCAUGGUGCAGCCUGAUGCCUCGCCAGCCCCCACGCAGGAGGAGCCGGGCGCCGCGGGCAGUGUGGAGAGCGAUCUGUCCCUGCAGGACCCAGGAGCUGGGGUGCGGGAGACGGACACAGUCGGUUCUUCCUCGGAGGCCUGUGACUUCCUUAAAGAAGACGGGAGUGAUGAGGUGAUGACCCCCAGUAGACCCCGGACCACAGAAGACCUUUUUGCAGCUAUUCACAGGUCCAAGAGGAAAGUCCUUGGCCGUAAAGAUUCAGAGGAUGACCACUCCCGAAAUCAUUCUCCCUCCCCACCAGUGACACCCACUGGUGCUGCCCCCAGCCUGGCCUCCCAGAAGCAAGUGGGAUCCAUUCAGAGAAGCGUCCGGAAAAGCAGCACCAGCAGUGACAACUUUAAAGCCCUGCUGCUAAAAAAGGGGAGUCGGUCAGACACUAGUGCCCGCAUGUCCGCAGCGGAGAUGCUCAAGAACACAGACCCUAGGUUCCAGAGGUCAAGGUCGGAGCCGGGGCCAGACACCCCCGAGAGCCCAUCAAGCUGCUCCCCAAGCAAGAACAGAAGGGCCCAGGAGGAGUGGGCCAAGAACGAAGGCUUGAUGCCUCGGAGUCUGUCCUUUUCCGGCCCCAGGUACGGCCGCAGUCGAACGCCGCCUUCUGCCGCCAGCAGCAGGUACAGCAUGCGGAACCGGAUCCAGAGCAGCCCCAUGACGGUGAUCUCAGAGGGCGAAGGGGAAGCCACGGAGGCCAUAGACAGCAGAGCUCCCCGGGCCCCGGGCGCUGCAAGGGGAUGUUCGCUGGAUGGACUGGCGGGGGAUGAAAUGGAUGAGAGCAGCCUGUUCUGUGGCGUGGAGUCCGCUGCCUCGCUGGGGGCGCAGGCUGCUGGCCCCACGGAGGGGCGGGCCAGUGCCGCGGGGAGGGAUCUCUCAGAACAACGUGAAGGUCCUCUAAGGGAAGGGAGUUAGGAGCAAGAAUGGGAACCUCCCAGGUGAUGUGGGGAGAUGUGCAGCACAUGGCUGUAGGAAUCCUGGCAGGUACCCUGCGCUGCCCUGUCCGUAGUUCCUGCUCAGGGUUUGCGCUGUGGGCCUGACACGGCCAGCCCUGCGGCGGAAGGGGAGGGCUUAGGACUUAACUUGGCACUUGCCCUGUGGCUAAAAAGCAAGUAGAAGCUUAACUUCUGAAGGUGCUUCCUGGGGAAGAUUUUUUUUUUUUCUAAAUGCUGGGUGGGCGUGGAGGGGGUGUGUGUGUGCAUUUGAAACGCUUUUUAUGUAAAAAAAAAAAAAUACACACAUACACACAAACAGCAUGUACAGAAACGAGAGACAGAGUUAAGCUAGGGAGAGUAAUGGGAUCUUCUGGAUGUGGUGGUAAUUGCUUUAAAAGUAUUAUGUUUAUGGAAAUUAGUGAGUUCCAGAAGGGAGAGGACCAUUACUUAUAAGAAAGAGGUGGUUGAUUUGCUGGUUCUGAACGCACAGAACAGGUGCGGAUAUGUACAGGUGUGCUUUCGAGGUGAGCCGUGUGGUGGUGAACCCCAAAAGCUGGGAAAGGGCUAAGUGAGUAAUUGGUUCAGGUACUUUUUUCUGGGGAAAAAAGGCUUUGUUUCUUUUUUGUAAAAAUGACAGACAUGUGGCGGUGGCAAUGCUGUGACAGAGUCCGCUGCUGUGCAGCCACAGACACAGAACUUUCAGCCUGAUUUGUAGAAAUGUGGGUAAUUUUUUUUCAUGACUUUCCUCCAGGAGUAGCAGCUGAGACCUCCUUUGAGAACUGAAAUGCCGGUGUGCACAUACAGAGAGGGUAAGAGAGGAGAGAGUAGGGGAGAGAACUGAGUGAUACACUGCUGGAAUUUGUUUCCUGCUUAUUAAAUAAAAUUAUUUUUCAAAAUUAAAUUUAAAAACUUGCACUACAGAACUGUGGGUUGAGCUUUUCCUUUUACACCUCUUUUUUUUUUAACUAGAGUUUAAACUUCCAUUUGGCAAUUUCUUAUCACUUGAAAUGUCAACAUUUGCUAACUUUUGGAUAUCCUUUUGGUUACACCAAAGAAAAAAUUAUGGCUAUUUUUCCUUGAACUGCCUGCAGUAUCAUGUCCUCAUUUAGAAAGGUCUAUCAAAAUCUGUUAUAUAUUCUCUUACUUUGAAGAAAAUGCCGAAUAGCUCUUAUUAGUCAAAUAAACAAAAACUGGCAGGGCUUCGCUAUUAAUUAGCCCUGGGAAAUGAGUUUCUAGAUUAAAAAGAUUUUUUUUGCAUCAUUUGGUUUGUGUGUUUUUAUAUUUUUUAAUAAAUAAUUGAAUUGGCUAAUUACCUUCUAAUCUUAGCCAAUUAGAAUUUUAACACUUUUAGACAUGGAAGAAAAGUGUGUAAAGUAUUUAUUUUUAUGUGAUAUUCUUGUGACCCCCUUCCCUCACUUCCUCCCAACUGCCAUGUACAUAGACUCUUUCAUUUGUUGGUUAAAUAAAAUCAGAAUUCUGUCUCCUCCAUCAGAAGGACCUAA